AUGAUUCAAAGAACACCCGCAUUGAGAGUGUUUUUAAAUGAUAUGCAGAUCUUAAAGAGAAAGUUGCGAGUACGCUGCGCUCUCGACUGCAGCCAUAAGAACGUGCUUACGAAGGAUGAAUUUAUCGUAUUAUGUACAACGAAUCCUUACACACCCCCAGAUGAGCGAAUGACGCUCUCGGAAGCAUCAGAAUACCUGGAGAAACUUCAUCGUGCACGAGAGGUUAUUGUAUUACGUGAUUUUGUCUAUACCAAACCUUCUGAGGUAGCGAAUACUGUUUAUGUGAUGUUACGCCUUCCUACUCUUCGACUAGAAACUCCUUCAUGUGUGAAUAAACAUGCUUCUAAGAGUAAUGUUGAUGCUACUUCUGUUCAAGAUAAAGAAAUGCGUCGCCGAAAUUUUUGGGCUACUGUUUCUCUUCUUAGUGGAAUUCAAAUGAGUUUUCUGGCGUAUUUAACUUUUAUUGUCUAUGAUUGGGACGUAAUGGAACCUGUUUGCUAUUUUGUAACUACUUUUACUGCGUUAUGUUUUUAUGCUUAUUCCCUUCUCUUUCGGCGAGAGUGCACUUUUCACACUGUAGAAAAUCAAUUAUUUCCUUCUAAUACACCAUUGAAAGUUAAUUAUUCUCAUAAUGUGAUGCAAUCGUGGUCUAACAAAAUGAUAGUACAUACUAAGGAUAAUCGUUUAAAGUUUUCUUCCACUGAUGCUGCAACGGUGCUUCAGACUCUCAACGAUAGUGAUGUCUCUUCUUCCCAGGAUAACAGAGGAAGCAAGAGUGAAGGAAAUAACAUCCACCAGAAGAAAAAAUGA